AUGGAGCUCGACACCCCCAACACGUCCCGAGGAGGUCGCCGACAUGUGUAUCCAAUGUCGUUGAAGAAACGAGGUAUCGCGCUGUUACAGCACAAGUCCAUCCACAAGGUGGCAGGCGACAUCUCGGUCUCGUACAGCGUCGUGCGCAACUGGAAACGCAUUUCACACAAGAUCGAUAAAUUUAAGGGCAACUUGCGCGGAGCAGGCCGCCCGCCAGUACGACCCGAGCCCGAAGCCCUUCUGCAGUUCAUGGAUGCCCGUCGUCACCAAGAACGCGCCCUAACAUGUACGCACAUGGUCAAUUUCCUCAAGCAGCACCAGAACACCUGGCUUCAAGACUGCAUUCGGCGUCAAAAGGAGGGUAGCGGAUACGACAUCCUCUUGAAGAUUCUCCAACGCUUCUGCGGUCGACAUGGAUACACGCAUCAACAAGCAUGUGCCACCUAG